AUGGAAACAUCCAUCUUCAGAUUGAUAUUUCUAUUUUUCUUUGGAUUCUAUGUCAAGAUUAUUACCUGCAACCAAUGGACAACAGGAAUGUUUGCCACACCCAAAAUAAAUGUUAAACUAAUUGAUCAACCAAUUGAUAUUAUUCUGGACAUUAUUACAUGGAAUCAUUGUCUACUGAUGUGCGCAGUCGCAACAACAUGUAAAGGAUUUAACUACAAUGUUGAAUCCCCUAGAUGUGAGUUAUUUGAAACUGUGAAUUGCACUCAACUUGAGAGUUCAGCUGGAUGGCGAUUUGGUCAGAUUAAAACAGAUAAUUUAAAAAUGAUGAACAACCAAAAUAUAGCGGUAAAUAGACCAACCUAUCAAUCGACCACGUACGAAUAUUUUCAAUUAAGUAAAUCUGGAAACGCUGUAGAUGGUAAUACAGACGGGGAUUACAUGAAAGGAUCGUGUACAGCUACUGCAGAAGAUACAAACGUGAAACCAUGGUGGGUCAUUGAUUUGGGAAAGUCAUAUACAUUGCUCCAGAUUGUCGUAUGGAAUCGUAUGGAUGACGUUAGUUAUCGACUUCAUGAUUUCGCAAUCGAAGUCGACUGUGAAUUUGACGGAUCAAACACCGAUAGCCCAUCCUGGUCUAGAACAUACCUUUACACUGGGACGCCGGAAAGCAAUCCGACAACGAUUUCACUCCCACAGCCCUCUGUUGGACGAUUCGUAAAGGUACAAAAUGCAGUGAUUAGUAAGUCUGAAGAUUCAAAUGAUGAUCUUUUGACGCUGUGUGAAGUGGAAGUAUAUGUCGAGAGUGCCGAUGAAGAUUGUGAAUGUGAACUAGGAAAGUUCUAAUUUCAAACGUAUUAUGUUAAGCUUCAUCUAGUGAACUCCUUAAAUAUUAACCAUGGUAUAAUGAACUAUCCUCUCCCCAUAUAAUGUAGUCUGUGUUUAUUUAACUUUAUUUUGCUGUAUUUAUUACUUCCGAAUAGGUGCAUAUCAUAUAUUACAUAGAAUCGCAUUUUUAUUAGAUAUAUUUACUGAUUUAUUGAAAAUAAUUCAAUGUAAAUAGAGCUAACCGAGAUGGUGAAACAUUAGUGAUUAUAUUGGAAUUUACUCUUAAUUACUUGUUUGUUACAUACUUCAAAUCAUUCUAUAAAACUGAUAAAGAUAUGGAUGUAACUUUGCAAACAUCUGACAGACAUGUUCAGGACAUUUUAAAAAAUUGUCGUGGAUAUAUGACAACCAGAUUUUAAAUUCUACUACAAUUACUUGGAUCAAAACGCGGGCUGCGGCCUCAAUGUAAUAUUGAAAACGAUGUAUCCAGGUCAAUAAAAAUCUUGUAAUAUGGCUUGAUUGAAAGUGUAUUCACUAAUACUACAGGGUGUCCCGAAAGUAUGGGGGCCCCAUAGGCAGACAUAUACCAAUGUCUCAAUAGUAUUUGUCAUAUAUCAUUUUAAAGCUCAUUCAAAGUUACAUUGAUUUGCCAAAUAUCAUCGUUCAACUCACAAAUGGG